UACGCGCACUGCUUGUUGCAGCUCAGGGACACGCUGUUUGUGCGGUGGACGUCCACUGUGGAGAUCUUUGGACACGCGUCGUCACUGACAAGCAAAUGUCAACUUUCCAGAGAGAAAAUGACGCCGCAAAAUCUCUGUUCAGGAGGCUUGAGUCUGCAGUCACUCCCAUCGUGUCCGGGGAGUACAGUCACCACCGGGACAGAGCACCGAUGGCAUCCCGGGUCUCCUUCACCCAGCUCCGGCUGGAAACGGAGCUGGAGCGCUGCCGAGCCGAGUGUCAGUGGGACAAGAUGCCCGCGAUCAUCGAGCAGAUGCAGGCGGCGCGGUUCCACGAGGACGAUGAUUACGGGAUGCUGCUGAUGGCCGAGGCGCUGCUGGAGGAGUGCCUGCUGGAAAACAUGGAUCUGUUACGAAGCUCCAGGCCUCUGGUGGACCAGAACCAGCCCAAACUGUGCCGGGCCAAAGCCCACCUCAACACCCUCCUGAGCCGAGGCCGUCUCACACAUAGGUACCUGAACGAGGCUCUGCUGCUGAUGGCCAAGGUGCACUACGUGCAGGGUCGCUACAGGGACGCCCAGGGAAUGUGCGCCAGGGUGGGACUGGAGGAGCUGACGCAGGACGACCAGCCGACCUACCACUUCCGCUUGCUGGCUGAGGCGUUCGUCAUUAAAGGUCUGUCUCUGGACCACCAGACGGUGUCGUCGGUGUCUCGGGUUCGUCUUUCGGAGAGAGAGGAGGAGAGUCUGUCCUGCUUCCUCAGGGCCUGUGACGCGGCUCUGUCCUACCUGCAGGAGCUCGAUAAGACUGUAACUACGCCUCACGUCAAAACAACUAAAACUAGCCUCCUCCCUUCAACCGUUGACAUCGACCUGGGCUACUUCCUGCAGGCCGCCUUACAGAGCGCUUACAUCUGUCUUCUGCAAAGAGGUCAUCUUGCACAGGGCGCCCACCAGUUGCGCAGAGUGCUCAGGGUGGUGGAGUCACGAGGGUCUCAGAACUUCAGGAAGUCCGCCGCGAGGAAGCUGGCCGAGGUGUUGCUGAGCUCUGUGAGUGAAGACAGCUACUGGCCCCCGCUGGGCCCCCCGCCCUCAGCGUGGCUUCACAGAGAGGGAGCCGCCGCCUCCAAAGACGCCAUCUACCCCACCGUGAAACCGCCACAGCGUUACAGCAGCGAAUGUUGCUUCUGUCCUCAGGACGUGGUGGAGGAGGCCGUGUUGCUGCUGCUCAUCACAGAAUCCAUGGCCAGCGGCGACGCCGUGAUCAGCCGCCUGCCGGACCAGGCCGAGGCUCGCCAGGCCAGCCUGCAGGACGCCACCUCCGUCUACGACCUGCUCACCAUCGGCAUGGCCAGGAGGGGGCAGUACGCCAUGUUGUCCGAGUGUCUGGAGCGAGCCAUGAAGUUUUCGUUCAACGAGUUCCACCUCUGGCACCAGCUGGGCCUGUCACUCAUGGCGGCCGGGAAGGGGGUUGGUGCUGUUUCUGUAUUCAAAGAGUGUGCCAGGAUGAGACCAGAGGACCCUUCGUUACCCCUGUUGGCUGCUAAAGUCUGCAUUGGUCAGCUGCACUGGUUUGAGGAGGCAGAGACUCUGUCCCAGAGUGUGGUGUCCAUGGGGGAGGAAGCAGGAGGAUUUCUGCCCAGGGCUUACAUGGCUCUGGGGCUCAGCUGCAGUCUGCAAGCCUCGGAUGCUACUCUGAAAGGAGAUCGGAAUGAAUUCAACAAAAGAGCUUUACAAGCUUUACAAAAAGCUCAUUCAUUAGACCCCCAGGAUGCCCAGAUCGCCAUGUACCUGGCUCUGCAGUUGGCCCUCGUGCGCCAGGUAUCAACAGCCAUGGAGCCCCUGCAGGCGGCUUUAUCUCUCCGUGGGGAUGACUUGCACUCGCUCCACCUGCUGACCCUGCUGCUGAGUGCCCAGAAACACCACCGCCAUGCCCUGGACACCCUGGUCCUGGCUCUGAGCCAGCACCCCGACAACUUCAAUUUGCUGUUCACAAAGGUGAAGCUUGAGGAGACCCUGCUGGGCCCGGCUGCAGCCCUGCAGACCUGUGAGGAGAUGCUGCAGCGCUGGCAGAUCCGCUACGACGUCAGCCGCUCCAGUGAGACCGAUGACAGCAGCAGCAUACCGAUGGCCGAGAGGGCGGAGGUCAGCCCCGGAGCCAGGAAGCCCUCCAUCCACCUCACCCUGCCCGACUUCCAGGACGCCUCCACUGGUUCACAAAGCCCCUCGUCUGUCGCAGUGUCUCGCCUGGAGGCGGCGCUGUCAGAGGUGUCGGACCUCAGCUCCACCCGCCGCCACGGACCCACCUACAUCUGGACCACCCUCGAACGCAUCUGGCUGCAGGCCGGGGAGCUGUUCAUGGCGGAUGGUCGGCUGAAGGAGGCCCAGUUCUGCAUAGCCGAGGCCAGCGCGAUCUUCCCCAACUCUCACUCGGUGCUGCUGCAGCGGGGCCACCUGGCCGAGCUCCGGGGCCAACUGGACGAAGCCAAGGGCCUGUACGACGAGGCGCUGGCCAUCAAUCCCACGGGAGAGCGCAUACUGGUGCACAUGGGUCGUCUGCUGGUGAAUACCGGGCGCGUCCACUUGGGCGAGAAGGUCCUGCGCGAUGCGGUUCAGAUCCACAGCACCUCCCACGAGGCGUGGAGCUGCCUGGGCGAGGCCCUGCAGUCACGGGAUUCCAGCCAGGCCCCCGACUGCUUCCUGACAGCCCUGGAGCUGGAGGCCUCCUGCCCCAUCCGGCCCUUCACCAUCAUCUCCAGGGAGCUCUGAGAAAGGCCUGGACCGGGCCGGACCGGGUGGCGUAGCUUUGAGUUAGGGUUAAAGAACUGACCUUUCACGCUACAUGAUACAGAAAUGAUUGUUAAAUAAUAAAGUAUAUGUUUCAGGGAUAGGUUUAUUAUUGGCUUUCUAUCUAAGAGGGACAUGAGAAGAUUGAUACCACUGUCUAUACACUAGACUCACUACCCAGUUCAUUAAUUACACUGGUGGAAAAUAUGCCAUGUAUCAGAUCCAAACCCCAACUGUGUCUUUGCCUUUUGCACACAAUUAUAGCAAUACUCCUCUUAUCUUAUCAGCUACGGUACGUGCAUGGAAGCGUCACAUGAUCCAUCACAUGAUCCUCUGUAGGUGCUCACAGGACUAUACAUGAUAUCAUACAUGAGAUUAUCAGUAAACUUCCAUCACAAGUGACAACGUGUCUUAAAGAAACUCUACAUAUUCAGCCAGCUUUCGUUUCAGGCGCUGAUUUUUUAUUUUAUUUAUCUUGUAUAUACCAUGACCUGGAUGACUGAUAACCUGGUUGGUUUGUUGUACUUUUACCAACCAACACACAUUUCUAUUAGUUAUAUAUAUAUAUAUAUAUAUAUAUAUAUAUAUAUAUAUAUAUAUAUAUAUAUAUAUAUGUAUAAAACACCAUAUUAGCCAGAGAGAUCAGCUUAAUAACAGAAACACCUUCAUACAGUUGAAUUACCAAGUUUUCUUUCACCAUUUCUACAUAAAAAAUCCUACCAGUCAUGGAACGACUGCUUUACUACUGUACCUAAUGAACUGGCAAGUGAAUGAAACGUCUUUAUGCUAAGCUAAAAUGCUAACGUUUUCAAAAUGCGCAAGUGGUCUCAAUCUUUCCAUCAACCUUUCACCGAGAAAGUGUGAAUUCUGUCAAUAAUUAUGCAGUACUUUAUAUAUAUCUUUAUAUAACAGAGUCUAUCAACUAUUAAUUGUCCCUUUAACAUGUGAGCGUUCCUACCUUUUGUUUUUAGAGAGCUAUCGAAUGAAACCAAAAAGUCAGUCAUGGAAAUCAAUGCAACAUGGGGCGUAAUGGUUCUGAUGCAAGUAUUGUAACAAUGUACAUCUCCUGUGGAGUUAUUAGCACAUAAGUAAGACUUCUCAGCCACAAAUCACACGGUAGUAUUUUCUAAUAAUCCUCAUCGCUGGACAUUUCUCUGACGGCCCCGUGACUCUCGGAUGUGCUGGUUACGUCCUGAGAACGGACGCACGGUGCACGCGGACAUGCUGAUAUAGGUGGAUGAUGUACAUGUGCAGGUCUGUCAGUCUCCACAGACGCUCCUCUGCGUCCUCAUUUUAGCCUUUUGAUGUAUUUUUGAUGAUCGAUGCUGCUUUUCAUGUGCACGCGUGCACACACUCGACUUCAAAUGAGGGUUUUCUCAGAGGUAUUAUCCCAUAUGCUAUCAUUAUAAAUGUGUGUGUGUGCAUCCUGUCAUACAAGGGUUUAUAUAUAUAUACAUUAUGUAUCUUCAUGCAUGUGUGUUUGUGUUAAACGUUAUUAGUCUCUGUGUUCUUGCACAGAAACUGACUCACA